AUGCUCUCACUGACGACCGUGUCCGAAGAACCCAGGGAUCCGAUCGCCCUUUCCACCGGCAUCAAUGCAGAUGACCCUAGUUUUAGUGUGCCUCCGCCGAUACCAGUCCCUGAAGAUGACGCACGCGAAAUCCUCGGUGCGGCUGUCGAAUGUUGCCGCGGCUUACUCAAAACCUCGACGCUCAUUAGGAAUGCCAGUUCGAGGGAUCGCUUCCAGACUGCGCUCCAGAGAUCACGGGAUACAUUUAUGGAUCAGUUCGACAUCAAUCACACUCGGGAAAAAUACCCGAAGCUGGCACGGCCAGGUUCUGAAUGGCUGGCUAGGAGGCUGGGCCGAGCCAUCACACUGAGACGGCAAUUUCUACGGUAUUGCAGAGAACACCAGGACUCCUUGGCGCACCAGGACGACAACAGUGCCAAUUCCAAUUCUAACCCCAACCAAACAUCAAACCUGUCGCCUAAUAUCUCCAGCGGCACGGAAAGAUCUGGGGCGCAUCUGCCGCUAGGUGUGGACAGUGGCAUGUCCCAGGCGGGAAUUACAGAACCAGGGACUACAGCGUCCACCCUAUUCGCCGGGCAGUUAGAUAUCGUCCAGGAGGGGCCGGAAGACGACGGGGUGUCGUACACCUCGGCCGCGCAUUCUGACUUGGCGCCGGGGGAUGAUGUGGUGUUGGAGUUACCAAGCCUUCAAACUCUUACGAAGGACAACCCCGCGACCGAUUUUGAGUGCCCUUUUUGCCAUAUCAUUCAAAGGUUCAAGCGGGACAAGGGAUGGAGACGCCACGCGUUCAGCGACCUCAAAUCGUAUGUCUGCACAAUGGGCCCCGCCGAGUGUGACCUCCAGCUCUUUGCAGACAGCAACACUUGGUUCGAGCACGAACUCCAAAACCAUCGAUGUACCUGGUCCUGUACGCUUUGUAGUUCCGGUACCUUCCGAUCGGCCGAUUCCUUCAAAGAACACGUCCAGGGUGCCCACCCCGGAUUUUCCGAGUCCGAAACCCGGCUCUUAGACCAGGCUAGUCGCCGCGCACUAGAUCUUAUUCCCGCGGCCGAUUGUCCUUUCUGUGACGAGUGGGAGCAGAAGAUUCGGGUUGCCAUGCAGGACGACAACUCAGACAACAACGAGUCGACCCCAGGGAGCGAGGGGAGUCGUACUGUUCCCCCGGCAGACGUUCUCGUCGUGACGCGUACCCAAUUCCGGAAGCAUGUGGCCUCCCACAUGGAACAACUCGCGCUUUUCGCUGCCUCAAGAUCAACAAUUGACCCAGGAGCGGAACAGGAGCACGAACAGGGAGGUGGCAGCCGCGGCAGUUCGAACGCAGCACUGCCGAGUCAAGUUCUGGAGUCCACCUCGGAUGCCAAUAACGCGGGACUGAAUUGGUCCCCAGAUCCUCCACUCCAUGUAGCUGCCUUUGCGGGGGAGAUCAACGAGGUACGGCGAUUGCUCGGAGAAGGUGCGGACGUCCUGGCGGGCGGAGAGACUUGGGGCAGUGCUAUCUUAGCGGCCGAAGCCGGGGGGCACAGUAAUAUUGUGGCGCUUCUGAAGUCACCGCAGCCCGACAGCAUCAACCCACAGCCUACCAUCGCAGAUGAUCAGGAGCGGACGACCGAAAUCGAGGCUCGUAGAAUUCUCCGCCCAGCGGGAAUGGUGGGCCAGUAUAUUACGCCGUCAGUGCGACUUACCAGCCUCCUAGGCUUUAAGGAGAAGGAGGGGGUGGCCAUAUAUGAGGCCAUCGAUACUGUGCAGUCAGAAAAAUGCGUGGUAAAAUGCUUUGAAAAGCUUAGCAUUGGAUCACCUCUAGGCAUGCACAAUAUUAAGACCGAACAGCCAGAUGAGAUCAAGAUGCACCAUUUGGCAUCAGCACACCCUAAUGUUCUAUCAAUUCGGAAAGUUUUGGACACGUCCGAGCACUGGUAUAUGAUCCUGGACUCUUUCCCGGAAUCGAAUUUGGACGACUACAUUACCGAGCACGAUGAAGAUAUCAUUGCCGGCCAAGACGAGUUAAACAAGCGCCUCUUCCUCCAGUUGCUUGAUGCUGUCGAGCACUGCCACAGGCUCGGUAUCUACCACCGAGACCUGACACUGAAAAAUGUUUUUGUAACGAAUGGAGGAGCGACGUUGAAGCUGGCCGGGUUUGGCAUGGCUACCACUCGCAGGAGAAGUGAGGAUUUUGAGCAUGGGACACCGUCAUACAUGGCACCUGAAUGUUGGAAAUCGUAUGCCCCUGGGCGGUCGUCCUACGAAUGUGCCCCAGCCGACGUCUGGGCUCUCGGAGUUAUCCUAUGGAAACUUACGACUGGAUCGUUUACAUGGGAACGUGCCUCGCUCGAUGACAUCUGGUAUAAAUACUACGUAGAAGACCCACAGCACCUGGGACCCAUGUUCACUCUGACAGACGGCGCGGUGGAUCUCUUUGCCCGCGUGUUCACACACAAUCCCGAGCUCCGUAUCACUAUAUCCGAGUUCCGAAGCGCGUUACUAGCUUGCGACAAACUUGCGAAAUCUGCACCGGAAACGACGGAGGGUGUGAGAGAACAACCGCUGUCACGAGUGAUGCGCAUGACGCCUCUAAUGACCUGGGAUGGAUCUAAUAGGGAAACGGCGACGUUGACGAACGCAGUUAGUUUGGCAGCCCUAGAGGCGUCCCGGAAUGGAUCUAGGGAAACGGCGACGAAGACGAACGCAGCCAGUUUGGCAUCCGGCGGGGAGGUGACAGUGUUAGAUUCUAGUGGCAGGAGUCAGUAG